GCAGCGCGUGUCGAAUCAUCGAUUCAUCUGUUCAGUCAUACCGACAAGAACGGUAGAGGGAGGACAUACGCACACUGGAUCACCGGGACCGGACAGAGACCCGCGGGAACAUAGAUGUGACAUAUGGUCAUAUUUUAUCGCUCAUCUGAGAUAUGAGUGAGAUUUAUCAUGAGUGAAUUAUGAGAAUGAGAGACAUGAGCUCGCGCGCACCGGCCUGAUCGCGCGCCGGGCCGAAUCAAAUUCACCUCAGUGAAAUUAAUCAGCGUUAUUAUUGUAAUUAUAUUAAUCAGCAGGAUUCUUAUAAGACAUAAGUUUAUAGAUCGUGUUCAAGAGAGCGAGAGGAGGUGUGUGUUAUAGUAAACACAGCGAUGGAACCGGACACAGCCGCAGACUUCACUGUGGAAAACGUGGAGAAGGCCCUGCAUCAGCUUUAUUAUGAUCCUAACAUCGAGAAUAAGAAUCUGGCUCAGAAAUGGCUGAUGCAGGCUCAAGUGUCUCCUCAGGCAUGGCAGUUCUGUUGGGUUUUACUGAGACCGGAGAAGGUUCCAGAGAUCCAAUACUUCGGCGCCAGCGCCCUUCACACCAAAAUCUCCCGCUACUGGGCCGACAUCCCCGCCGAGCAGUACGACUCGCUCAAAACGCAGCUGUUUUCUCAGAUCGCUCGCUUCGCCUCCGGCUCUAAGAUUGUCCUGACCCGCCUGUGCGUGGCGCUGGCGUCCCUUGCCCUCAACAUGAUGCCCGAGGCGUGGCCGGGGGCCGUGUCGGAAAUGGUGCGCAUGUUCCAGGAAGAAGGAGGUGAGGUGGACGGCCGCGCUCGCUGCUUGGCCCUGUUGGAGCUUCUCACAGUUCUCCCGGAGGAGUUCCAGACCAGCCGACUGCCGCAGUACCGUAAGGGUCAGGUGAGAGGCGCUCUGGGCCGGGAGUGGACGGCUGUUUACCCUCUCCUGCAGCAGCUGUUACGGCAGCCGGACUCUCCGCCGCUGGUGAAAGCCCGUGUGCUCAAGUGUCUGUCGAGCUGGGUUCUGCUGGAUGUUCCUCUGAACGAGAGCGAGGGAUUGGUCGAGGCCAGCUUCACGGCGCUGGCAGAUCCGGAGCUGUUCGAUACGGCUGUGGAGGCCAUCGUCAACACCAUCUCACAACCUGACUCACAGAGGUACGUGAACACUCUCUUGAAGUUGGUACCGCAGGUGCUACAGCUCCAGGAACAGUUACGAGACGCUGUACAGAAUGGAGACAUGGAGACGUCACAUGGCAUCUGUCGGAUCGCCGUUUCUCUGGGAGAGAACCAUUCAAGAGCUCUGUUGGAGCAGGUGGAGCACUGGCAGAGUUUUUUGGCACUGGUGAAUAUGAUCAUGUUCUGCACAGGCAUCCCUGGACACUACCCCGUCAACGAGACCACCAGCUCUCUCACACUCACCUUCUGGUACACACUACAGGAUGACAUCAUGUCGUUUGAGGCAGAGAAGCAGGCCGUGUAUCUGCAGGUCUACAGGCCUGUGUAUUUCCAGCUCGUAGACGUUCUGCUGCACAAAGCGCAGUUCCCCACGGAUGAGGAGUAUGCUUCCUGGUCAUCAGACGAGAAGGAGCAGUUCAGGAUCUACAGGGUGGAUAUAUCCGACACACUGAUGUACGUCUACGAGAUGCUGGGAGCCGAAUUACUCAGUAACCUGUACGAUAAACUGGGGCGACUCCUCACCAACACAGAACAAACAACAACAUGGCAGCAUACAGAAGCGCUGUUGUACGGAUUCCAGUCCAUCGCCGAAACGAUAGAUGUGAACUAUUCUGAUGUCAUCCCAGGACUCAUCGGCCUCAUUCCAAGAAUCAACAUAAACAACGUCCAGCUGGCCGACACGGUCAUGUUCACAAUCGGAGCGUUGGCAGAGUGGUUGGCGGAUCAUCCGGUGAUGCUGAGCAGCGUUCUGCCACUGGUUUUGCAGGCGUUGGGCAAUCCAGACCUGUCUGUUUCCAGUGUCUCCACAUUAAAGAAGAUCUGCAGAGAGUGCAAAUAUGAUCUGCCCCCAUACGCUACCAAUAUAGUUGCUGUGUCACAGGAAGUGCUUAUUAAACAGAUCCACAAGACGAGUCAGUGUAUGUGGUUGAUGCAGGCUUUGGGCUUUCUGUUGUCUGCACUGCCGGUGGAGGAGAUCUUGAGGAACCUUCACUCUCUGAUCACCCCGUACAUCCAACAACUGGAGAAACUAGCAGAGGAGACGCCAAACCCCUCGAAUAAACUGGCCAUUAUUCACAUCCUCGGUCUGCUGUCUAAUCUCUUCACCACGCUGGACAUCACCAAACAGGAGGAGGAGUCAGGAGAGAAUGCCCCGCCCGUCAAAUCAGCCCCGCCUCAGACAGGCCCCAACCCUGUGGUGGUGGUGCUCCAGCAAGUCUUUGCACUGAUACAGACGGUCCUCAGUAAAUGGCUGAAUGACUCGCAGGUUGUGGAGGCGGUGUGUGCCAUCUUUGAGAAGUCUGUGAAAACUCUCCUGCACGAUUUUGCCCCCAUGGUGUCUCAGCUGAGUGAGAUGCUGGGGCAGAUGUACAGUACCAUACCACAGGCGUCUGCACUGGACUUAACCCGCCAGAUGGUCCACAUAUUUGCCAGCGAAACGAAUCAUUUCCCCCCAAUCAAAGCGCUGUUUGAACUGGUCACUUCUGUUACUCUGACCAUCUUCCAGCAAGGGCCCAGGGAUCAUCCUGAUAUUGUUGAUUCAUUUAUGCAACUCCAAGCUCAGGCCCUCAAACGGAAGCCCGAUUUAUUCUUAUCAGAGAGUCUUGAUGUGAAAGCCGUGUUCCACUGUGGAGUGCUGUCACUGAAAUUCCCAGAAGCCCCAACAGUCAAAUCUACCUGUCUUUUCUUUACGGAACUAAUACCGCGCUGCGCAGACGUUCCUCCUGUGGGUCAGGUCGUACAGGAAGACGGUAAACUCCUCCUUUUGGCUGUACUGGAGGCCAUCGGUGGUCAGUCGUCCCGCAGUCUGAUGGACCAGUUUGCUGAGGUGCUCUUCUGUCUGAACAAGCAUUGCUUCGCUCUGCUGACGGUGUGGCUCAAAGAAGCUCUGCGCUCGCCGGGCUUCCCGUCCUCACGUGUCUCUGAUGAGCAGAAAGACACGUUCAGUCAACAGGUGCUCAGGGAGCGAGUGAACAAGCGGCGGGUGAAAGACAUCGUGAAGGAGUUCACCCUGGUGUGCCGCGGCCUUCACGGAACCGAGUACGCUGCAGAUUACUGAGCCACACAUGCGUACAGACACAGUAUGAGGAAACCCAAAAUGUACAAUACCCAGAAGUCCUCACUGCGACGUGAAUGAUACUGACAGUUUGAGAGUCGGGAUCUUCCACCAACUCGUCCUUCUCGCUCUCUCUCUCUCUCUUUCAACCACUCUCCCAUUGGAUUUUGGGGCCUCCGCAGGACGAUCUGAACAGUCGACAUCUCUGCUCCAACAUCUCACAGCAUGUUCGCUGGAAUCCGUUCUUUGAUUCCCCCUGCGUUCGAUCUUCCGUGGCUCUUGGGCUGUUUUCCUUGUGAUAAUUUGCAUUCGUUUGAACGAAGAAAUAGUGUUAGUUAAAUGUUUUUUUAUUUUUAUUUUGGAGAAAUAAAAAGCAUAUAUAUAUAUACAUACAUAUAUAUUGAAAUAUAUAUAUAAAUGCACAUAAUAAUCUAGUAAACCGUGGGGUGACGAGUCCGUGUGCUGCUAACAGAGAGAGGGACCAAUACAGACUGUUUUUUCUCUGUGGCUUUAUAUCUAUCAUCUAUAUCUCUGUCUGUCUAACCCCUCCUCACACUCAAUUCUGCCAAAAUGUUGUGGACGUUUUUUAAUAAAAUUAAAAUUAUGGUUUAUAUAUAUAUAUAUAUAUAUAUAUAUAUAUAUAUAUAUAUAUAUAUAUAUAUAUAUAUAUAUAUAUAUGGUUAGCAGCGUAUUUGGGGACUAGUAAAGGCUGGGUGUUACACAACGAAAAAGAGAGAUGCGCAAAGAUAAUAGUUCCCUCAAAAAAUAAAAUUGUCGUCAUUUACCCACCCUAAUGUAAUUCCAAACUUUUAUGAUUUCUAUCUUCAAAAAUUCUCCUUUUGUGUUUGAUUGAAGAAAUAAAGUCAAACAGGUUUGAAAUGACAUGAGGGUGCAUAAAUUAUGACACAAUUUUGAUUUUUGGGUGAACUGUCCCUUUAAAUUUGGUUGGUAUAUGCACACACAUCAAACAAUUGAGUUCACUUGAUGACUAAUUAAACUCGUACGGCAUGUCUCUCUCUCUCUUUUCCGUUUCUGCCCGGCUGCUGCUUGCCGACAUGUAGCAUGUGUGUUGCGUUACAUACGGGCCCAGAAUGAGUCAUAAUCAGUGGACGAGGGCUGUUCUAUCGUGUUCGUUUACUAGUGAGUCACAGAGUGAGAAUAAAGGGAGAGACAGAGGAGUCAAAUGUACAUUGGUUUUUUCUUUCUUUCUUUUUUUGUACCUUGUUUUAAUUUAUUAAAUACAUCUGAGAUGGCA